AUGAGUCGACCAAACUUCAUGUCCUUUGUGCAGGUUCAAAACCCUGUGCAAAACAUCUCCUAAAAGUAGCAGUCAGGCAUUCAGGAUGUGCCACCCUUUGAACUUAACAAAGAAAUGGCUUAGUUGAAGAAUUUCUCACUGGAAGAGGGCAUCGUAGACUUAAUUGUGAUUCUUUAGAAUUCUGGUAUGACAAGACCUUCUUAAUUUGAUGAUUUCAACCAAAAUGUAAACGAAUUGUACAAAGCUAAUAAUGUUAAAGAAGGCUAGUAUGCAAAACUAUAAGAGUAAGCUGGACAAUCAAUAAGUUAGCAAAAACCUUUGAAUCAGCAAUAGCAAGUUUACGGUCAAUAACCACUGCCUUAAUAAAACCCAGUUUAUAACCAAUAUUAGCAACCAGUUGCAUAUGGCUAGCCAGGCUAUGGAGGAUAAUGGGGUUAACCGAUGCCUCAGGCUUAUCAGCCUCCAAGUGGAUGGGGACAGCAAGCUUAUAGACCUCCACAAGGCUAUCACCCACCUCCCAGAUAUUGA